CGUACAUUAUUUUGGUCUUCUAGCUCCUGCCAACAUGGCUGAAAUGAGUGAAACACAACGUGGGUCAGGAAAAGCACACAGUGAAACAAGGAUAAUUGAUAAUAAUUUACAGUUUGAUUCGAGCGAUGACGAGGCUCCAGAAGAAGUUAACUUUGAGGAUUCUAAAAGAUCUGCGUUGCAAAGCGUAAAAGACGCGUUGGAAGCAAGUAGAAGAGAAAAAGAAACAUUGAAAGAAAAGCGAAGAAAAAAACAAGAGCUCUUUUUGGAACAGAAGAAACGAAAACUCCUUCCCGAAUCCUUAUUAGAGGAAAUUGAUGCACGGCCCAAAAUACAUGAUGAAUCCACGGGCAAAACAGUGGAGAAAACACAGGCAUUGGAUUCAGAUGGUACAAAACGAACACAAAAACGAGCAAGAAGUUUACAGGCAAACUGUAGUGUAACAAGAGUGAAGGAUCAACUCCUAUCUGGUUCACAACAGAAAGAGGCUAUGGACUUCAUUCAGUCAAGGUUCUAUGGGAAAAACGCUCGACGAACAUCAAACAGUGAUAUGCUUUCAUUAGAAAGGAAGAAAGGGAGAAUAAAAGGUGCUGCUUUCCAGUUUGGCAACAAAAAACAGAGUCUUUCUGCCUUGUUCUUGUAGAGUUCAAAACUGAAAUGUCAAAAUCCGCCCUAUCCUGGCCGCAAUGGUGAAAAAUCUUUUUUGAAACUUGUUCCUUUUGUCAUUUCUAACAACUCCACAAAAUGUCAUCAAUGUUCGUGCAUAACGUUUUGAGUUAUCUUACAGAAAGACAGACAAAGAAACAGAAAAAUAAACCAACUCCGUCCUUGGCGGAGGUAAAAAGUAUACUGGUUAAAUUGUCUCCUUUAUUUUCCUGUAGGAAGCUACUGUAUGUUCAUAGACAUGUUCAUCUUCAGACCUUAGACAUAUUUUCGUAUACAAAAAAUAAUUACUGACAAUUAAACUGUUGAGAAUGGCUUGUGACCUGGUAAACUGGAAAUUAAAUCCUGUAUUUUUGGGAAUGAUCAUUAGCCACAGUGGCCACUGAGCUGAAAAGUCAGUCAAUCAAGCCCUGUGCAAGAUCCAGAAAAUGAUUCCUAUAUGUUGCUAAUCCAAUCUUCAUAAAAUGUAAUU